AAUUUUUUGGCAAAAUGAAUGCUAAAAUUCAUAAUUGUUUUGGUACCUACCUUUCUAUCUGGAAAACGUUUUUUUCCUGUGCGUUUAUUUCUCUUAUUGUUCAUUUUUGAUACCUUGAUAAGAAAGACACUCAACAAUAACAACACAACAAUAACAACACAACAAUAA